AACAAACCGGGUGGUAAGGCUGUGAGUGUCAGUAGCAUCCCAGCUAGCUACCCAGCUCGCUGGCUUUUUAUUUAUAUCAAAAUCAUUUUUAUAAUGUACAUGUAGAUUAUGAUGAGAGCUUGAAAUGACACAGAAAGAAACAAUGUUACAUCUUUUCGCUGGAGGGUGUGGCGGCACGGUGGGAGCCAUUGUCACCUGCCCCCUGGAGGUGCUGAAGACCCGGCUACAGUCGUCCGGGAUCUCGCUCCGGUCCGUGUUCCAGGUCCAGCUGGGCACGGUCAACGGCACCGGCGUCAUCAGACCCGGAUCAGUCACUCCGGGUCUGCUCGAGGUUCUGAGAUCAAUUCUGGAAAAAGAGGGACCAAAAUCACUUUUCAGAGGACUGGGGCCUAAUCUUGUUGGAGUGGCUCCCUCAAGAGCCAUUUACUUCGCUGCAUACUCCAAGUCAAAGGAGACCUUCAACAGUGUCCUUGUGCCCAACAGUGGGUGGGUGCACAUGUGCUCAGCUGGCAUCGCAGCCUUUGUUACAAACUCCUUGAUGAACCCCAUCUGGAUGGUGAAGACCCGCAUGCAGCUGGAAAGAAAGGCGCGAGGGGAGAAGAGGAUGAACGCGCUGCAGUGCGGGCGCUACGUUUACAGGACUGAGGGCGUCCGCGGGUUCUACCGGGGCCUGACCGCGUCCUACGCCGGCAUCUCGGAGACCGUGAUCUGCUUCGUCAUCUACGAGAGCCUGAAGAAGCGGCUGGCGGAGACCCGCUACGCCUCGUCCAGCGGCGAGGCCGACAGGGGCGCGUGCGACUUCCUGGGACUCAUGAUGGUGGCGGCCUUCGCCAAGGGCUGCGCCUCCUGCAUAGCCUACCCUCACGAGGUGAUCCGGACCAGACUCCGAGAGGAGGGCAGCAAAUAUAAGCACUUCUUCCAGACGAUGAGGCUGGUGAUGGUAGAGGAGGGCCCCGCUGCUUUUUACAGAGGACUGGUCCCUCAGCUCUUCAGACAGAUCCCCAACACGGCCAUCGUGCUGUCCACCUACGAGCUCAUCGUGUACCUGCUGGCCGAGCGCGCUCAGUGACCAGGAGCGGCGCCCCGGUGCACUGUGGGAUAGCGGAGGGGGAAGAGACGCGACCGCUGACGAGGACAGCAGGCUCUUUUUUCUGACAAUAAUGCAGGCGUCGUUUUCCUCGAAGAACGGGAAGCAGGUUUUAUUCUGAUCCAAAGACAUUGUAGGCCUGCCUGUUAUUUUAUUUAAAGUGAUGCACAUUCAUUUCGUGAGAGAUUUUUUUUCUGUUUGUUUUCUGAGGGUAUGUCCCGAGUUGCAGCCUAAUUUAUAUUUCAACAUUAUAGAAAGAGAUAAGGUACAGAAAGAAAUCUUAGGUAAAAUACUGCAUUUAUGUGCAGUAAAUGAAAAUGUAGGAAGUGGUGCAUUUGAACAAACUGUACUGUAAAAUUAUCUGAAGCUAAAUUAUUGUUAUUGUUUUAUUAUUAGUUUUGUGUUUUUAACUUCUGUUAAUUAUCCAAAGAUAAUUGAUCAAACAUUUUGGUAGGUAAUGAUCGUGUAUGAAAGCAAAACCAACUGCUCAAGAAGGAAAACCGUUUGUGGCAAAAGUAUAAUUUAUUUUAAUUUUAGCUGACACAGACUGUACCAUGUUUUGCAGUGGGUUCUGAGAGUUAGUCUUCACGCUGUGCAGUUUACUCUGUCCGCCCACUUCAACACCUCAUUUUUCAAGUUUGUCAUUGUUUAUUUGCAGAUUUCCUUUUGUUUGUAAUAGAACAUACUUGGCUUUUACAAGAAAGAGGACCUAAAUGCAUAUUUAAACACUGGUUUAAAUAAAAUGCAUUCAUACAUUUUAGGAGUUGUGAUUUUAUUAUGCAAAAUAGUCAUUUAGAAUUCAGAGUUAUAUUUCUGGAUUUCUGAAAUAUUAAAUGCAUUUAAUGAACUGUCUGUGUUGCAUUUGGAUGUGUAAACAAGUAAGGAUUUUGAGAAUUCAAGUUUAUGAACCGUGAAAGUAAAGGUCAAUUUUAUGAUGUUCCCAA